AUGGGCACUUCGCUGUCAAGAAGUUUUUCACGCUACUGGAAUCGUAACGAACGACGGCUUCUAUUGGUGGGCCUGGAUGGCGCUGGAAAGACAACCAUCUUGUAUCAUCUGCGCUUAGGGAAGGCCAUCGCUAGCAUUCCCACCGUAGGUUUUAACGUUGAGACCAUCAAAUUCGACGGCCUUAAGCUCAAUAUUUGGGAUGUCGGAGGACAGGACACUUUGAGACCAUAUUGGAGGCAUCACUUUACCGGAACUCAGGGAAUCAUAUUUGUUUUAGAUAGUGCAGAUGAUCAGCGAUUAGAGCUCGCAAAGGCUGAACUUAAUGGAAUGCUUGUUGAUACUCAGCUGCAAGAGGCUUGCCUGUUGAUUAUUCUGAACAAGCGAGAUCUGCCGGGCGCAAAAGAGGUUCAGGAGCUCAUAGAUACUUUAGAAUUUCAAGAGAACUGCGCCAAAGUUAAUCGUCGUGUAAGGGUGCAACCCACAGUGGCCACAACAGGUGAAGGAUUGAAUGAUGGAAUCUCGUGGCUUUGUGAGAACAUGAUAGCACUUUAA